AUGUCGGCGCCGUCGGUGAAUGUGUACUAUACAAAGCCUAUAAUGCCGGACGUCUCAAGAGUGCUGGCGUGCCUCUACGAGAAGAAGAUCGACUUCGAACACAUCGACAUCUACGAGGGCCAGCACAGCGUCUCCGGGGACCUGCUCAAGCUCCGAUCCAGGGUAAGCCCAGCACAGCCAUCGCCGCCUCCGCCGCCGCCCCCGGCCGGGAACUGACCGGUUUCCCUGCGCAGGCCUCCAGCCGAAUCCACGGUGCCGCCAUCGAGGACGGGGACACCAGGCUCUUCGGUAACGCAGUCAACUCUUCGUUCUUCUGCAGGCUCCAUUUUUUGUUCUUGAAGUUUUCGGCCAAACUCCUUGACGAGCGAUGCGGGGGGUUACAGAGUCGAGGGCCAUAUGCCGGUACCUUGCGGAGAAGUACAGCUCGCGGGGGAGCCGUCUGCUGGGGAGGGACCCGCUGGAGAGGGCGGCCAUCGAGCAGUGGCUCAAGUUCGAGGAGCAAAGAUUCGAUCCGCCGAGCUGGGAGCUGGCGUUCUACCUGGGCUUCGCGGCGGCGCCGCCGGACCGCGCCGCCAUGAGGGACGGCGUGAGGAAGCUGUCGGAGGUGCUGGACGUUUACGAGCAGCGGCUGGGGGAGAGCGAGUUCCUGGCGGGGGACGAGUUCACCAUGGCCGACCUCUUCCACCUCCCCAACUCGCACCACCUAGUGGUUUCCGGCCUCUCCCACUCGGCCCAUCCGGAGGUCUCUGAGCUCUUCUCCUCGAGGAGGAACGUGAGACGGUGGUGGGAGGCCAUCUCCGGCCGGCCCUCCUGGAAGAAUGUCGUCGACCUUCUCAACGGGGUCCCCGUUCAGAGGACUUCCCUUCUCGCCGGCGCACCUGAUAAUGGCCAUGGUUGGGGGCCACGCUUCACCGAAGCCACAGCUUCUCCGUCCGCCAAUACUGGGGCAGGAUCAGCUUCUCAGCAGCCUCUUCUUCCUCCUCCUUCUCAGCCCAAGAGUACAAAGGUAAGAUCCACCAACGGAGGGAAUGAUCCAGCUCGCCCGGCUUCUCAGCAACCUGGUUUCUCUCCAACCCCCCAGGAACGGGCGGAGGCAUCUCCUCAAGCUGGUCCCCAAGCUGGGACUCGGAGUGGAGAAAUCCCUGGCACAGACAGCAGCAACCCACCAAAGCGAGAUCCUCAACAACGUUCUUCUUCUCUGCCCCCCGAAAAGGCUGAAACGGCUUCCCAAACAUCGAGAAGACCACAGGUAAAUGGGGCUGAACCCACCAACGGAGGGAAUGCUCCAGCUCGCCCGGUUUCUCAGCAACCUGGUUUCUCUCCAACCCCCCAGGAACGGGCGGAGGCAUCUCCUCAAGCUGGUCCCCAAGCUGGGACUCGGAGUGGAGAAAUCCCUGGCACAGACAGCAGUAACCCAACAACGUUCUUCUUCUCUGCCCCCCGAAAAUAAGGCUGAAACGGCUUCCCAAACAUCGAGAAGACCACAGGUAAAUGGGGCUGAACCCUCCAAUGAAGGGAAUGCUCCAGCUCGCCCGGCUUCUCAGCAACCUGGUUUCUCUCCAACCCCCCAGGAACGGGCGGAGGCAUCUCCUCAAGCUGGUCCCCAAGCUGGGACUCGGAGUGGAGAAAUCCCUGGCACAGACAGCAGCAACCCACCAAAGCGAGAUCCUCAACAACGUUCUUCUUCUCUGCCCCCCGAAAAUAAGGCUGAAACGGCCUCCCAAACAUCGAGAAGACCACAGGUAAAUGGGGCUGAACCCUCCAACGGAGGGAAUGAUCCAGCUCGCCCGGCUUCUCAGCAACCUGGUUUCUCUCCAACCCCCCAGGAACGGGCGGAGGCAUCUCCUCAAGCUGGUCCCCAAGCUGGGACUCGGAGUGGAGAAAUCCCUGGCACAGACAGCAGUAACCCACCAAAGCGAGAUCCUCAACAACGUUCUUCUUCUCUGCCCCCCGAAAAUAAGGCUGAAACGGCCUCCCAAACAUCGAGAAGACCACAGGUAAAUGGGGCUGAACCCUCCAAUGAAGGGAAUGCUCCAGCUCGCCCGGCUUCUCAGCAACCUGGUUUCUCUCCAACCCCCCAGGAACGGGCGGAGGCAUCUCCUCAAGCUGGUCCCCAAGCUGGGACUCGGAGUGGAGAAAUCCCUGGCACAGACAGCAGCAACCCACCAAAGCGAGAUCCUCAACAACGUUCUUCUUCUCUGCCCCCCGAAAAUAAGGCUGAAACGGCUUCCCAAACAUCGAGAAGACCACAGGUAAAUGGGGCGGAAGCGGCUCCUCAAGCUGGUAAUAACCGGUCUAUUCAGGGCACAGCAGCCAAUGGAGCAACACUUUCCAGCCCAGAAACUGCUGGUGGCGGUGCUGCUGAGUCGAAAACUAAUCAGACUGGUGGCGCUUCUGCAACUCAAGAUGGGAAAGGAGACGAUUCCCGUAAGCCAACCACAGAGACAGAUCCUAGCGGCUCAACACGGACAGGACCUGUCCCAGAGGCUCCAUCAUCCUGAAUGACUGGGGCAAAAUGCUAUAGCCCUUGAUCAAUUCCCACUGGCCCAAAUUUCCUACGGUAGAAAUUCUGGGCGAUGCUUGA